GCAGCCAACUCCACAUCAACGAGUCUUGUGCCUCCCAAGAGGGCGAGCGAGAGGGAGAACGAGCCCCCUCACGUCUCACUCGCCCCUGCCCAGCCCUCACUCUCGCUCUCCCACCUACCCUUCCCUUCCCUCACUCUCUGCGUUGCAUUGCAUUGCUGGACCCCUUCCUCUGCCUGCCUGCCUUCCUUCUUUCUCUCCUUCCUCCUCUUCCCCAUUCCAGCAGAUUCAUCGCCAUCAGCAUCGUCGUCAUCAUCGCAGCAGCAUUCGCACCACCACCAAGCAGCAGCACCUCCAGCUCCGCAUCGCUCCCCCUCCACACCUCUCCCCUCACUCUCCAUCGCCUCCUCCCCCCUCCCUCUCUGCUGCCUUCGUUUCCGACUCCCCCAAUCUCAUCAGCUGCGCUGCGCGUCGCCGAUUGUUGGCGCCUGCGCCGCAGAGCGAGGGGGAGUGUGUCGGGUUGGCAUCGAGCCAUCCCUGUGCGGGGCAUGGUAGAUGGAAUUCUUCGCGCCAGCCAAAGGGGCGCCUUCCUCCUUUGCAGCAGGCCUUGAGGCACCCUCCGCCUCUGACAUCGCGCCCGGCUCCGGUCUUCAGCUCUACGACGAUUGGGGCGGGCACUCUCAGCAUGCUGGCGGGGCGCAGCGUUCGCCCCCCGAGGGCGGCAGCGGCAGCAGUAUCAGCGUGCUAGACGCGGUCGGGGCGUCACAUUCUUCUGGAGAAGCAGGGUGGGCGAUGGCGAUGCAGGGGCAGGAGGGCGUGGAUGGAGGUCAGGGGCCGUACCCCGAACGGCCGGGUGAGCCCGAUUGUGUGUACUACAUGCGCACAGGGUUGUGUGGGUUCGGGAUGACUUGCCGUUACAAUCAUCCUCCGAACCGCAAACUGGCUGCCGCAGCGACGCGGGGCAAGGGCGAGUAUCCCGAAAGGGUGGGGCAUCCAGAGUGUCAGUAUUAUUUGAAGACGGGGACUUGCAAAUUUGGAGCCACGUGCAAGUACCAUCAUCCGAGGGAGAAGGCGGGAUCCACAGGGCGCGUACAUUUGAACGUGCUAGGUCUUCCGCUGAGACUGGAGGAGAAGGAAUGCGCGUACUACAUGCGCACGGGAUCUUGCAAGUACGGGGUGACCUGUAAGUUCCAUCACCCUCAGCCGGCGACGGUGGGAGGAAUGGUGCCACUGCCGUUCGGAAGCGGUGGAGGUCCGUCUUCUCCAGCGCCUCAACAUUACCCACCGGGAGGCGUGCCGUCGUGGCCGUUGACGAGAUCACCGUUCCCUCUGCCUAGAAUGCAAGCGCCUUCGAGUUACGGCACAAUGAUGCCGUUGCAGCAAGGAAUCAUGUCGAUGGCGGGGUGGAACUACCAAGGACCAGUCGGGCCGGCGGAAGGGCACCAGCAGGGGUACGUCUUCGGAGGAGCGCCGCAGGGAGAGCACGUGUCGGGUUACGGUCCUUACAUGCAAGGGUCAUCAGCAGUGGGACUUCCCGCUCAUCAGGCGACGCAGGCGGUGGGUGGGCAGGAGACUGUGUUCCCUGAGAGACCCGGGCAACCGGAGUGCCAGUACUACAUGAAGACCGGGGACUGCAAGUUCGGGUCGACUUGCAGAUAUCAUCACCCGAAGGAUCGCGCCACUCCGUCACCGACGUGCCAUUUGAGCCCCAUGGGUCUUCCUUUGCGGCCUGGGAAUCCUCCGUGCUCGUUCUACAGUCGGUACGGUAUAUGCAAGUUUGGACCGACGUGCAAAUUCGAUCACCCGCUGGGAGGGAGCUUGACUUACAGUCCGUCGGCGGGGUCGCUGACGGAUUUGCCGGUGGCACCGUAUCCAGUGGGGUCAUCCCCGAUGAACCUGGCGCCUUCGGGAUAUUCAGAGGUUCCUGUGGAGCGGCAGGAUGCGGUGGAGGGGGGAGGUUACGGGGAGGAUGGGAGCAGUGGGGGUCAUCAUCGAGUGGGUCGGGGGAAUUCGGAGGCAGCGACGGCGAGCCCGCCAACGGUGGGCGAGGGGGGAGGUGGAGUGGGAGGCUCGGGAAGCGGGAGCGGCUCAACUCAGGCGGAGAGUGUGAGCAAGAGUUAGAGGAGAUUUUUGGAAGUGAAAGAUAGACUUGGUCGUGGAACGUGGUGGAUGUGUGGCAAGCUACGGACAGCUGGUCGGGUUUGGUGAAGCAUGUGGAAGUGGCGUGGGAAUUGGUGGCAAGCAGGCGAGAAGCAGGGCCAAGCAUGGACGGAGCUGUGUUGGGGAUUAACUUGAAGGCUGAUUCAACCUGUAAAUUGGUGUAAGGGUUUUGACCGUGUAGAUGGCAACUGCUUUCUCUCUCUCCGCGUGUGUCGUGUUUAGCACGAGAUGUCAAAGUUGUGUGCAAGAAGUGACGCAUUCCUCCCCUCCUCCCGUCCUCUCCCGUCCCGUUCUGUGCUCUUGUUCUUGAUUGGUCUCUUGCUCUAGCAUCAGAGCUCUUUAGGUGGAUACGUAGUUCCAGUUGGUCGGCAUUCACAGUUCUCCCGUCCAGUGGAGGAAGGGCCAACUGUUUGCCCGUUGAUGCGUUUGAAGCACGUUGAGCAUUCUGUUUCGAGGAACGGAACUGCAAAGAGGAGAUGAUCGAUGUCUCCGUAUAAUCGUACACUCACUUCGGUUUUCUGCCGGCCUCUUUGAACAUUUUUCCUGUUAGAUUUUCGUUUUUUCAGUCAUUAAGCGCCUUUGUUUUGAUACUUAUUUGGGGUUCAGUGGCUCCAAGCGAGAUUGGCACCAUUGGAACUCAUCGCGCUGUCGUCCCAGUUUCUAGCUGAGGGGACGCUUUCUCUUUUUAGUUAUUUUAUGUAACGGCGGCGCCCACAUUCUCGGUCAGAGAUGGAUAUGUUGUGCCUGGCAGGAUGGAUCAAUUCUGCCGGCAGCUGUUGGAGCGACAUUGAUGGAACGUACACCGUUGCGCUCUAUUUCGUGGUUGCCUCUGGAAGCCCAGCAGAGUUCAGUUUUGUAGAUCGCUGCACAGCAAUUGAUGCUCUUUGGUGUAUUAGAUGUGGUAGGAUGUCAGGUGCAUGUUCAAUCUUGUGUUCAUUUCUGUACAGCUCCUCUCUUCCUUGUAGAUUUUAAAAAAUUUGACGUUAACGUGGAGGCUUUUAGAUUCAUUUUUCGAGUUGUUUGCAUCGUUCCCUUUUCCAACUUGCAUGUAUAAUAGUGGAUACUUGUUUUCUUCUCA